GGCAAGUAUCAAUUGAUGGGCUUUUACCUGUUAUCUCCCAUAUGUGGCCCUCCUUCUCCAAUAGAAGAUAACCCUAUUACUAUCACAGAUCACAAUCUGCUUUAUUUCUCCAAAUUUCUUCUUCACACCAAUCCCUACCCAAACAUCUGCCAGGGGCCAAGCCAAAGCAAAAUCAAACUGACCAAAAAACCAAUGGCUUCUCUUCAGCAAACUUCAAUCACUCUUCAAUCCAAGUUCCUCCGAUCUUCCCAACUCCCCGGAGCCCUUCCAUCACUCAACCUCUCCUUUUCAGCCACCUUCCCUUCCCUCAAACCCUCCACCCCUCGCCCUCUCCAGGGUGGCACCAAAAUGUCAGCUACAGCUGCUCCCAGCUACGCUACAGCUUUAGCUGAUAUAGCCAAGUCCAACAAUUCCCUGGAUGCCACCAGCUCUGACAUUGAAAAAGUCGAAAACAUCUUCUCUGACCCUCAAGUUCUCGACUUCUUUGCCAACCCCACCAUCGACAUCCUCAAAAAACGUCUGGUUUUAGAUGAAAUAGUAAAGUCUUCCGAGCUUCAGCCUCACACUGCAAACUUUUUAAACAUCCUGGUUGAUGCCAAGAGGAUUGACCUUAUUAAGGAAAUUGUCAAAGAGUUUGAGUUGGUUUAUAAUAAGCUGACAGAUACGGAGUUGGCUGUGGUGAGUUCAGUGGUGAAGUUGGAGUCUCAGCAUUUGGCACAGAUUGCUAAACAGGUGCAGAAGCUGACUGGUGCUAAGAAUGUUAGGAUUAAAACUGUGAUUGACCCAAGCUUGGUAGCUGGGUUUACCAUCAAAUAUGGGAGUACAGGGUCAAAAAUGAUUGAUAUGAGUGUUAAGAAGCAGUUAGAGGAGAUUGCUGCUGAGCUUGAUUUGGGUGAUAUUCAACUUGCUGAAUAAGUUUGAAUUUUUUUUUUCUUUUCGAGAAUUGGAUUUGGAGCUUUUUUUUUUUUUUUUGUUAUUGUAAUUGAAAUUGACACUUUAAAUUUUGAAUGUAUGAAAAUUUUCUAAUAUGUAAAUUGUAUAAUUUAGGAGAACUGAGGGCUAAAUGGAGCUAAUUGGAUUGUUUUGAUAUUAUGGAGAGUUAAUCUGUGAAAACUUAUGUAUAAUGAACUAUAUUUAAUAAUGAAGCAGGGAAAUUCACGCUUCCAGAUUUAAUUAGGAAAGGCAAGGUGAAAGUAGAUAAUCAAGUGAGCAAAAAGCAUUGUCUUGAUCUUAUGUUUCACACAUGGAUUGUGGAUCAGAUGUCAGACUCCGUUAAGUGGCUAAAACAGGUAUGUCAUGUUUUUAUGCAAAAUUUUUACAUUAAUUUUUUAGGGAUAUAAGCCUCAUACUCAUAAAUUCAUAGCAUUCAGGAAGUGUCGAACAUUUAUAUGUUGAGAUAAAAUGAAGAGUCCGUGUAACAUGAGUGUCAGUUCAUACAUAAGAGUCCUUGUAACAUGAGUAUCAGGAUCAAGUUAAGAGUACCUGUAACAUGAGUAUCAAUUCAUUGAGAAGAGUGUGAUGAACUGAGAUGACAAUGAGUUUGAUAUCCCAUUUAGAAAUUAAUGAGAAAUAUGGUGUGGUGGUGGUGAAAUUAUGGCAACUGGCAAAAUGAUAUGGACCAGGAGUUUGAUCCAUCUUUAGAAGCAUUUGGUAAGAAGCAGAGGCUCUGCUGAAAAAAGAGAUAGUAGUAACGUGUGAGGAGUUCUUGAAUUGUCACUAGUAAUGUGUGAGUUCUUG